GAUCAUCUCCCGCGCCCCAUGACCCACCUUGUCUCCUCAGACAGAGUAACAGAAGGUGGAGAGAAAGUACAUAAUGCCCAGCAUCAAUACGUUCCCACUCAGAUCUCCUUGGGGAACGCUGGAAUGGAUGCUCCUCUCGCCUUGACGUGCUGCAGAAUAACACCCAUGUUUUGUUCCCGACCAUCCGGUCCUCCUGUGGGACGGGGAAGGGCAAGGCUUGCACUGGCACUGAUUCAGGGGCCGGUGACCUUCGAGGAGGUGGCUGUGUAUUUCACCAGGGAAGAGGGGGCUCUGCUGGACCCCACUCAGAGAGCCCUCUGCAGAGCCGUCAUGCAGGAGAACUAUGAGACUGUGACCUCGCUGGGGUUUCCAGUUUCCAAACCUGAUGUCGUCUCCCAGCUGGAACAAGGGGCAGAGCUGUGGGUCCCAGACCUCCAGGGUUCAGAGGAAAGAGAGAUUCUCAGAGGUCCCUGCACAGCAGGUGAUGUGUCGCUGAGUGAGAAUGAGGAGCAGAAUUCUCAUAAGAAAGAUACUGAGCAAGCGGAACCACACGGAGCUUUCUCAAAAAUAUCCAAAAGGAACAUGUGCAGAAGUCAUGAGGAGAGAAAAAACUGUGAGAUUCAGCGCAGGACAGAGACAGAGCAGGGAAACCAGCCAGGGGAGAAAUUGAGUACAUUUAUUUACUAUUGGGGAACUCACAAGGACCACAAAGAAACCACAGUCCAGCAGAAAAUCCUCAGAGGAAAGAGAAAAUACACAUGCACUGAGUGUGGGGACAACUUCAGUGACUGCUCUGCCCUUAUUAAACAUCAGAGACUCCACAUGGGAGAGAAACUCUACGAAUGCUGCAAGUGCGGGAAAACCUUCAAUCGCAUCUCACACCUCACUCGACAUCGGAGAAUCCAUACGGGAGAGCGACCCUAUGAAUGCUGUGAGUGCGGGAAAGCCUUCACUUGCAGCUCACAGCUCACUAGACAUGAGAUAAUCCACACGGCAGAGAGACCCUAUGAAUGUAGAGAGUGUGGGAAAACCUUCACUCUCAGCUCGUAUCUCACUACACAUGAGCGAAUGCACAGGGGGGAGAGGCCCUUUCAGUGCUCUCAGUGUGCGCAAAGCUUUACGAGGAGCUCAUCCCUCAUUAGACAUGAGAGAACGCACACGGGAGAGAGACCCUAUAAAUGCUGUGAGUGCGGGAAAAGCUUCACUUCCAGCUCAAAUCUUAUUCAGCAUCAGAGAAUCCACACCGGGGAGAGGCCCUAUGAAUGUGGCGAGUGCGGGAAAGCCUUCAAUUGCAGCUCAGAGCUCACUAGACAUGAGAGAAUCCACACGGGAGAGAGACCCCAUGUGUGCAGCCAGUGUGGGAAAACCUUCGCUCUCAGGUCAGAUCUUACUACCCAUGAGAGAAUCCACACAGGGGAGAGGCCCUUUCAGUGCUCUCAGUGCGGGAAAUCCUUCGCUAGGAGCUCAGACCUUACUAGACAUGUGAGAAUCCAUACGGGAGAGAGACCCUAUGAAUGCUGUGAGUGCGGGAAAAGCUUCAUUUGCAGCUCAAAACUUAUUCAGCAUCAAAGAAUCCACACAGGGGAGAGGCCCUAUAAAUGCGGUGAGUGCGGGAAAACCUUCAGUUGCAGUUCAAAGCUCACUAGACAUGAGAGAAUGCACAGGGGGGAGAGACCUUAUGAAUGCCGUGAGUGCGGGAAAACCUUCACUUACAGCUCCGAUCUUACUACCCAUGAGAGAAUCCACACGGGGGAGAGGCCCUUUCAGUGCUCUCAGUGCAGGAAAAGCUUCACUAGGAGCUCAGACAUCACUAGACAUGAGAGAAUCCAUACGGGAGAGAGACCCUAUGAAUGCUGUGAGUGCGGGAAAAGCUUCAUUUCCACCUCAAACCUCAUUAAACAUCAGCGAAUCCACACUGGGGAGAGGCCCUAUAAAUGUGGGGAGUGCGGGAAAGCCUUCAAUUGCGGCUCACAGCUCACUAGACAUGAGAAAAUCCACAUGGGAGAGAGACCCCAUGAAUGCUGAGAGUGUGGGAAAACCUUCACUGACAGUUCAAAUGUUGCUCAACAUCAGAGAAUCCUCACAGGCGAGAAAUCCUGUGAAUGCUCUGAGUACGGGAGAACCUUCACUCUCAGCUCACACCCUUACUAGAUAUUGGAGAAUCCCCACGGGAGAGAGAUCCUGUUAAUGUGAAUUCGGGAAAACUUCACACCUCAGUACUAGGGCUGUCUGUUAAUCACGUGAGUGAGCUAUCAUUAACUCAGAAAAUGGAUUGCCAUUAUAGAAAUUAAUCGUGAUUAUUCUCAGUUUUGAUCACGCUGUUAAACAAUAGAAUACCAAUUGCUAUCCAGAAAUAUUUAAAUACGUCGUAUUCUAUGAUUGUUUAACUGUGCAAUUAAUCAUGAUUAAUUUUUGUAAUCACUACUCACUGCACAUCAGAGAAUCCACACAGGAGAAGGCUCCUAUAAAUGCUGCGAGUGUGGGGAAACCUUCAGUUGCAGCCUCCAGCUCACUUGACAGCAGAGAAUCGACACGGGAAAGAGACCCCUUGAAUGCUGUGAGUGUGAGAAAAACUUCACUCAGAGCUCAGCCCUUAUCU